CACGAGCUCCUGCCGCCCUCCCCUAGCUCGCUUCUCUGUCUGUAGGCGGAGGGGCCAGAGUGUUUAUGAUGCAAUGCGCUACGCCUGCAGUGCUGGUUGUUGAGAAUUGUGUACCGUCACGCUGUUCUGUUUAGUUAACUGUAUGGGUAAAGGGUUUUGGAAGAAGCACUGUUGCGACACUCCGUUUGGAUGGUGAUCGGUGAUUAUGAACUUUGACCAGACAAUGGUUCUGCUCUCUAUUUCGUGACAGUGAUGAUUCAGGUGAUAGGGUGUAGGCGUAACCACUUCUGUAACUAGUUUCAUAUGUAUGGUGUAGUAUGGGGUUGGUUGAAGAGGGUGCUUGAGGUUAUUGUUAAUAUGGUUAACUGUUCUUUUGCUAUUUUUGGCGUUACUAGGUGCGUCGUUGUUUAGAUUCUCCUAUUUUUAUGAUACUAGACUGUUCUUUUAUUGUGCUGAGCCUGCAGAUUUUGUCGUUAGUACGCUUUUCUGUUAUCACGAUUGUCGGUAAGUCCAUACACCAGCUAGGUUUCCAUAGAUGCCACUUGCGCUGCAAAGAUGUUGGGAUGAAACAUGAUUCUAUUUUUUUGGUAUGUUCACUUGUGAAGGUAGCUGAUACUUUAGACAAUGAGAGAUCCACUCUAAGGGCUCCUUUGGAAUGCAGAAUCUCAAAACGUAGGAAUAGGAAAAACACAGGAUUGAAAUACCUGGUCACAUGAAAUCCUAUAGGAAUUCAAAACGCAGGAAUUGUACAACGUAGUUGUUUGGAUGUGCUAUAGGAAAACACCUGAUUUUUUUUUACAAGAAGUGUUUAUUGGAAGAGAGAAUAGGAGAGAGAUAGACACAUUAUGCAUUGGACUUCUCAAGGAAUUCUAAACAUGAGGUUGGAGCUCAUGUUCAGAAUCCUCCAAAAAGUGGAGGAAAGGAAUGAAUCCUAUGGAAUUUUUCCUAUGCAAUCCUAUGUUCCAAAGGGCUCUGCAGGAAUAUUUCCUAUCGGAAUCAAAUCCUUCAAAAUUCCUUCACAAUUCCUCCAUUCCAAAGGAGGCCUAAGUCUGAGCACUCCAAUUUCUUUUUUCUAUAUGUGGUAUGUAUUGAUAUCUAGGUUUAAUGCGGUAUUGCAGUAUGCACAUGCUUUUUGUUUGUCGUAUUUGGUAAGAGUAAAAGUAGUCCAUACCUGGCAUACACUUCACUUAGACGGUUAGACCACUGUUUUAUUUGCUAUGUUUCGCUCCCGCAGAGUUCUGGAGUUUAUAAGAUCCUGAAGCCCCUGUUAUCUUUCAAGAUGAACAAGCUUUCAUCAGACAUUCUCAUUACAUCAGUAGUACAGUAGGGCUUUCUGGAGUUGAUGCAGUUUCUGAUUUUCUUUGUAAAUUGUUUGUCUCUAAUGUCGUGAAACUUUUUUUUUUGCUUCACAUUGUUGUUGGUAAUCUAGUUUACUAUCCAAAACUAUGCCACUGUGACACAUGUAUUACUCUAGGCCUGAACAAGAAUGUUAGCUUAUUUAUCAAGGCGUCGCUAUAUCGUCGCCCGCUCGCCCGCCGAGCUAUGUGCCCGUCCGCCCUCAGAGCCGUGGAUAGGGAGCAAAGAGGGCAUAGCUCGAGCAGAUCUGAAGGGGGAGCAAGAACGGGCCAGGUUCUCGGUUGACUCGCUGGAGAGUGGAGAGAGAGAGAGAGAGAGAGAGAGAGAGAGAGAGAGAGAGAGAGAGAGAGAGAGAGAGAGAGAGAGAGAGAGAGAGAGAGACCUGGGACUGGCACAACCCAGAGGAGACGGGGAGAUCUGAGAGAGAGAGGGGAUAAGAACGAAGAUGUGUCGUGUCGUGUGCUGUGUUGAAGCUUUUGCAUCUAUGGACCAUGGGUCCCACAUGUAAGAUGGUCAAUUGCUCACUAAAUAACUCCCUGAAAAAAACAAAUCAGCUAUUACAUUGCUAUUUUGAUUUACUAAAAUCCUAGAGUAUCACUUUUGAGUUACAUUUACAUUGUCAUUCGCCAAUAUAAUUUCCUACUAUUCUAUACUAUGAUGUGUGUAUUCGUCACGCCGAUGUGUGUAUGGCGUCGCCGCUCCACGCGCCAUAAGCGCUGUAAAGGUGUGAAGGUGGUCGGUCACCGUGCCUCGCCACAUCGCCGUAACAGCUAUGAAUGUUAGUAUGUUGAUGAAGAAAUGGCUCUUAUGGAUGCCCGGAAGCAGAUUGAACGAGAGAUGGAACGAUUUAAAGUUUGUGAGAAGGAAACAAAAACCAAGGCCUUCUCAAAAGAAGGGUUAGGUCAGCAACCAAAAACUGAUCCCAAAGAGAAGGCCAAAGCUGAAACAAGAGACUGGCUUAACAAUGUGGUUAGUGAUUUAGAAAGCCAGAUUGAUAACUUUGAAGCAGAGAUUGAAGGGCUUUCAAUUAAAAAGGGAAAGCAAAGACCGCCUCGAUUGGUACAUUUGGAGAAAUCUAUUACGCGGCAUAAAGCUCAUAUAAAGAAAUUGGAGUCGAUCUUGAGGCUUUUGGAUAACGAUGAGUUGAGUCCUGAGCAAGUCAAUGAUGUUAAAGAUUUCUUGGAUGACUAUGUUGAACGUAACCAGGAAGACUUUGAUGAAUUCAGUGAUGUUGAGGACCUAUAUAGCACAUUGCCUAUGGAGAAGGUUGAAGCACUUGAAGACAUGGUUUCACUUGCUCCUUCCAGCCUUGUUAAGGGUGUUGCUACUGUUUCGACUAGUGCAGUUUUGAGCACGAAGAGUUCAGUUGCAACUUCACCUACUCAGCCUACUGUAUCAACAGCUCCUGUACAAGGUACAUCACAAGAUCAAGCAGAGGAGACAGCUUCACAAGAAAGCAAUCCUGAUUCUACACCACAGACACCACCUUCAAAAGGUGGAAAUCUUGGACCUUCAGUGCCAGUUGUGCCCAUUGCUGUCAGUACCGGUACUGCGGCUGUUUCUGUCUCUGCAGAAACAAUUAAUUCUCCUGUACGACCCGUUGUUCCUACCACAGCAGCUGCAAUACUUUCUGCGUCUGCUACUGCACGAAGUGCUCCGGAGAGUACGCCUGCUGUUACCUCAACUCCUGCAAACUUAUUUAGCACCUUGAAGGAUGAUGACAGCUUGAGCGUUCCUCCACGGAGACCAUCUCCUGUUAUUACCGAAAUUGGAAUUGGCAGGGGUAUCCCUCGAGGAAUAACUAGUCAGACAUUAGGUGCAGCUCCCAUAAGUAUAGGUCCAGUCCCGGGAAAUGGAUCAGUUAGUGCACUUCCUGCAAUAAAUGACUUGUCCAAAAGAAAUCUAUUGAAUACUGAUGAGAGGAUUAACAGCGGUGGUCUUCCUCAGCAGUUGGUUUCGCCUCUUGGUAAUAAAGUUCAACCACAGCAGAUUCCAAGGGCAAACGAUGCAAUUAGUUCUGAUUCUGCCAAUACAAAUGAAAACGCAAUUCUUGGAGGAAGAGUCUUUUCUCCUCCAGUUGUUUCUGGGGUUCAAUGGAGACCUCAAACCACUGCUGCCUUUCAAAAUCAAAGUGAAACUGGCCAGUUUCGUGGAAGACCUGAGAUUUCUGCCGACCAAAGGGAGAAGUACUUGCAAAGAUUGCAGCAAGUACAGCAGCAAGGCAGCCUUCUUAAUGUUUCUCAUUUAACUGGCAUAAAUCAGAAGCAAUUUCCGACACAGCAGCCAAAUCCCCUUCUACAACAGUUUAAUUCUCAGAGUUCCUCUGUAUCCUCCCAAGUGAGCCUUGGGCUUGGAGUUCAAGGACCAGAUGCUGGGCAUAUGAAAAGUGAAGAACAACAACAAAGUUUGGCUGAAGAUGUUGGUGUGGAAUCUGCUCCAACAACUGGAGCAAAUAAACACACCAAUGAAGAUGACACAAAGAUUCCAUUUUCGAAUCCUCCAGCAUCUGCAACAGAGAGCACUCAGCUAUCUAGAGACUCUGAUCUAUCGCCUGGGCAGCCUUUGCAACCUGGAAUGCCAUCAUCUGGUGUCGGUGUCAUUGGCCGAAGAAGUGUAUCUGAUUUUGGUGCAAUCGGAGAUAACCUCACUGGAACUUCUGCAAGUUCUGGUCAUGAUCAGCUUUAUAAUUUGCAAAUGCUCGAAGCUGCAUACCACAAGCUUCCACAACCCAAGGACUCAGAGCGUGCUAAGAAUUAUGUUCCGCGGCACCCAGCAGUCACCCCUGCUAGUUACCCCCAAAUUCAGGCACCGAUUGUAUCGAAUCCCACCUUCUGGGAAAGGAUUGGCAGUGACACAUUAGCUACGGAUAUGCUUUUCUUUGCAUUCUAUUAUCAACAGAACACAUACCAACAAUAUUUGGCUGCUAGAGAACUCAAGAAACAAUCAUGGAGAUUCCACAGGAGGUACAACACUUGGUUCCAGCGGCAUGUGGAGCCACAAGUUACGACUGAUGAGUAUGAGCGGGGAUCCUAUGUAUACUUUGAUUUCCAUGUCACAGAUGAUGGCUCAGGAUGGUGCCAAAGAAUCAAGAAUGACUUCACAUUUGAGUACAACUACCUUGAGGAUGAGUUAUCAGUACAGACAAACUAGUGCUGCAUGACAGUAGGUCUAAUCGAUCUAUUGUUGUUAAUCUUUUUUUUUUCAUUGGAGUCUUAUAUGUCUCGGAAAGGAGUUGUUGGAAUCUGGGACUCGUAAGAAUCCCCCAACUGUAACCUUGUGGGUGAAUCUAGAGCCGCCGCCCUGUGCAUUCCUUGUUAGGUACUCUUGCACCUUAUCAGUCACAUCAUCAUGCUGAAAUUAGAAUUCCGAUUAGACCAAA